GUCGUAGUAGUCAUUCUACUGGCAUUGGUUGCACAAGUGUGUCUUCUCUCUGCUCUCCGAUCGCCAGAAACAGAAACUGUGCAAUUUCCCAGCUGUCUUCUUACAGAUAAACAGCUGAUUGUAGAGCUCAUUGGUGCAUCAUAGUCUUAUAGCCUUAUUCGAUUUUUCAUUCAAAGUUCAAUGCAAAAUAUUUACUUUGAUUCACAUCUCCUUCCUAUCAGUGAUGCCGCAUCUGUGAUAACGUGAACUUAACAAAGUGAUAGAUACUCAUGGAAAACUUUAGUAUCUAUUGUACAGCUCUGUGAAUAUAGUGAGUGAGGUGUUCGCUUAUCUACGACAGAUUUAUGUGAUCAAACAAAACGCUGUGAUUGGCGACAAUAACUGAAUAGUCUAUCUAGAAGCUCGAGAUGACAGUAUUCACGUUGGCAAGUGGCCAGAAACAAGGAACCCUGUAACAUGGAAGCACCAAGAGUGAAACUUUGUGAGAAUCCUCGCCAGAAUGCGAGCUUGCUAUCGGUAUUAACCUUCUGGUGGACGGUGGAUUUGUUCCGCAAGGGUUCAACCAAGACUCUGGGUUUGUCGGAUCUGUAUAAACCAUUGGAGGCCGACCACGCCGACAAAUUGGGAGAUCAAUUAGAGCGGAAUUGGCGAUCACAGCUCCGGAAAUGCAAAAACAAAAAGUCCCAACCUUCACUAGUGAAAGCCAUCUUUCGCACUUUCUGGAAAGAUUGGGCCAUGCUUUCGUUGAUAACAGUUUUCGGUGAGAUAAUCCUACGUAUUGCUCAACCAAUUUUUCUCGGACGACUUCUGCUGUACUUCAGACGUCAGUCGGACAUUUCCUACGAGGAAGCGCUUUACUAUGCGAUCGCCAUGAUCGCUGCCAAAGCGGGCAGCAUCAUUCUCGAUAACCAGUACGCUAUGCUGACCUGUUUGACCGGCAUUCGAACGAAGAUCGCGAUUUGCAGCGUACUGUAUCGGAAGUCGCUAAGGUUGUCGAGGAAUGCCCUUGGGGACACAUCGCCCGGAAAGGUCGUGAACCUCAUGUCCAACGACGUCAAUCGAUUCGACAUUGUGGCCUUCCUCAUCUGCUACAUGUGGGCUUCGCCGAUUGUGACCAUCAUUGUGUUGGUUCUACUGUGGUACGAAGUUGGCUGGGCCGGCCCUAUCGGUAUGGUGGUCAUUUUCGUUGUUACACCGAUUCAGUCAUUCUUCGGUAAGCUAACGUCACGUUACCGACUUCAGACCGCUUUAAAAACGGACGAACGUAUUCGACUGAUGGACGAAAUCAUUUCGGGAAUUCAGGUUAUCAAGAUGUACGCAUGGGAGAAACCGUUUGCCAAGUUGAUUUCCGCUGCCAGAAGAGCGGAGCUGAAAAUAGUACUGAAAAGUGGGUUCAUUCGUGGACUGUACAUGACAUUCGGGUUGUUCACGACUCGGGCUGCACUGUUUGCCACUAUGGUUGGAUUGAUCUUGAUGCAGGAAGAGAUAACGGCUGCGAAGGUGUUUGUCGUGGCAAGCUAUCUAAACAUCGUUGCGUUUACUAUGUCUGGCUUGUUUGUAAGGGGUGUUGCAGAAAUUGCCGAAGGGUUGGUUGCAACUCGACGGUUACAGAAGUUCCUAGAGUAUGACGAGAUUUCGGAACGAGUCCCGUAUAAUGAAACACGAGAAGAUUCGGGUAAAUCUGAAAAUAAGGAAUCAAAUUUGGCGCUAUCUUUCCAAGGUGUAUCCGCCCGCUGGAUCAUGCCACGAGAAGAAAAUCAGAGUCAUCGACCGCUCACCCUAGACAACUUGAAUGCGAACAUCCCAAGGGGUAAACUGGUGGGCAUUGUUGGGGCAAUCGGAUCAGGGAAAUCGUCAAUCCUGCAAGCUAUCCUCGGUGAACUACCAUUAGAGUCCGGGCAAAUUAUUUGCAACGACACAAUAUCUUAUGUUAGCCAAGAACCGUGGUUGUUUGCCGGUAGUAUUCGACAGAACAUCCUGUUCGGUAAUGCUUUGGAUCGAAAACGGUAUAAGAAAGCGAUUCGAGUAUGUGCCUUAGAGGCGGAUUUAGAGCAGUUCCCGGAUGGUGAUGAAACGCUUGUUGGAGAACGAGGUAUCUCACUGUCGGGAGGACAAAAAGCUAGGAUAUGUUUAGCGCGAGCAGUCUAUAAGCAGUCCGGUAUAUAUUUGAUGGAUGAUCCCCUCAGCGCUGUUGAUGCCCACGUAGCUAAACAUCUUUUCGAGUUAUGCAUUGGAGACAAAGGCUUCCUCGGCAGACAGGGUGCAACGAGGAUGUUGGUAACACAUCAAGUGCACUUUUUGGUGGAAGCCGACUGGGUUAUUGUUAUGAACGAUGGAAAAAUUGAAGCCCAAGGAGCUCCACAGGAUCUGAUGCACAAAGGAAUCGACUUGGUACGAGUGAGCGAAUCCGAAGGUUCCGAAAACAUAACGGACGGUGACCUCCGACUGAGUCGGCAAAGUUCGUGUGCUUCGGUAACUUCAUCGCGAUCUAGCAUCAGUGAAUUGGAAAACGACAAUGACGCCACGGAACAGUAUGAUCGCCAAAAAAUGGAGCAAGCUUUUGAGAAGUCAUCGGCAGACAGUCUGGGAGGAUCUAUGUUUGUGCAUUAUUCAAAAGGCGCUGGCGGGUUGACGAUAGCUAUCGGACUGAUAUUUCUAUUUGUGCUAACGCAAUUGAUCGUCAGUUUCACCGAUUAUUGGAUAUCAUUCUGGGUUUCUCAAGAGGAGUUAAGGUCUUUUAUCGGGACCAAAAAUGAUUCUAGUGUCAUGGAAGACAGAUCAUCAGAGCCACUAGAUACAAACAUAUGCUUGACGGUUCAGGGUGCGGCAGUUGCUGGCAUUUUCAUUUUCGGUAUGAUAAGGGCCAUCAAUUUUUACCGUUCCUGUGCACGUGCCUCGCAGAAUAUCCACGAUUGGUGCUUCAAAGGAUUCAUCUCGGCAACGAAGCGCUUCUUCGAUGUCAACCCGUCUGGACGAAUUUUGAAUCGGUUCUCCAAGGACAUGGGUGCUAUGGACGAAUGGCUACCCAAAUCAAUCAUGGAUGCCACACAAACGGUGCUAACCAUUAUCGGUGCCAUGCUGGUUAUUCUGAUCGUGCAACCGUUCUUCUUGAUACCGAUUUUGAUACUGCUGCUGAUACUACUGUACACAAGGAGGAUCUACAUGAAGACUUCGCAGAACAGCAGGAGACUCGAAGGAAUCACGCGGUCACCAAUUUUUUCGCACAUUGCCACCACUUUGAAUGGUCUGCCCACGAUUAGAUCCUUCGGAGUUCAGCGGCUUCUGACAGCAGAGUUUGAUCAGCACCAGAACGUUAACACCGGGGCUUACUUUAUGUUCCAUUGCGGGAGAAUUGCAUUCGGGAUGGUUCUAGACUUGAUAUUCUUUUUGUUCCUAGUAAUUGUAGUUUUCACCUUUCUGUUGCUGGAAAGCAGCGUACUCGGAGACAAGGUUGGUCUAGUAGUUACUCAAAUAACUGCCUUGGCAGGAAUGCUACAGUUUGGUAUUCGGCAAAGUGCCGAAAUGUUCAACCAUUUAAUCGCCGUUGAACGGUUGCUAGAAUAUAGAGACUUGCCGACAGAAAAGCAGCCCAGUGAAGAAGAGCAAUGUUCAGUUCUACCAAAGCAAUGGCCUACAGAGGGUCGGGUAGAGUUUGAGAACGUCAAAUUUAAGUAUUUCGAGGAGGCUCCUUUUGUGCUGCAAGAUCUUAGCUUCGAGAUCAAACCUAGAGAAAAAGUAGGAAUUGUUGGUAGAACCGGUGCAGGUAAGUCCUCAAUAAUCGGUGCAUUGUUUCGGACGGCAAUAAUUGAAGGACGUAUCGCAAUCGAUGGCAUAAACACGGAAAAUGUAACAUUGGAAACAUUGAGAUCGAGUAUCUCCAUCAUCCCACAAGAUCCGGUAUUGUUCAGUGGAACACUGAGAAAAAAUCUAGAUCCUUUCGAUAAGUACGCUGAUGCAGACCUGUGGCAAGCACUUGAUCUAGUGGAGUUGAAGGAUGUUGCCGAUGGACCUUCCGGGUUGCAAACUUACAUUGCAUCUGGCGGAUCGAAUUACAGCGUUGGUCAGCGUCAACUGCUGUGUUUGGCGAGAGCUGUUCUUCGAAGCAAUAAAAUUCUUGUGUUGGAUGAAGCAACGGCUAAUGUGGACCCAGAAACCGAUCAGCUAAUUCAGCAAACUAUCCGACAACGAUUCGCAGAGUGUACGGUACUGACGAUUGCUCACAGGCUCAAUACCAUUAUGGACUACGAUCGGAUACUGGUGAUGAGUGAAGGCAGGGCUGUUGAAUUUGGCACUCCAUCCGAAUUGGUCCAGAUUCCCAACGGUGUGUUCAGAGAAAUCGUUAUGGCUACUGGUCCGGUAGAAGCUGAAAAUCUCAUCAAUCUUGCCAAAAGGUAGAGGCUACCUAAACUGUUCAAAAGUUUGUGUUAUAUACAAAACAAAUGUGUACUUAUAUAGAAAUAUAUUUUUAUAUUCAUUUA